AAACGAUAAUCUCGCAAGCCGAAGAGCCUCAAAGCUUUCAAAUCCCUUAGCUCAGCUGCUCUGCUCUCUCUGUGUCUCUGCGUCUCCCACCUCAAAAUUUAUAGGUUGCCUCUUUCUCGGCACUCUCCAGGUCUCUCUCUUUCUAUACACGCGCUCCUUAUAUGUGUUUCAUUGAUAUGUAUCCUCCUUUCUUGGCUUGUUCAAGUGCUGCUUUGUUUAAUGGCAAUCUUCAUUGGCAACAGUAAGUCGUAAGUUAGUUAAACUCAGACAUCUGUGCUGCCUUUAUAUUGAAGUUAAUGAUUCUAUUGUUGUUUUUCUUUUUUGGUGCCGAAUUGUCCUGGUAGAAAUUGUACUAAAAGAAUUGAGCUAAAAACCAUUCUGAGAUUAUUAUCUGCCAUCUUGCUCUUAAUUCCAUUCAAUUCCAUCUCAAUCCAUUAUAAGUUUUAGUAUAAAAUCAAUUCUUGAGAGAGACAAUCCUUAAACCCUGCUAUCGGUUCAGUCGACAAUCUGUAAGAUUGACAUGAAACCUAACCCCAAUUCCUUAAUCAAUUUCUGUUCCUUGUUCAUUACCUCUCAAAGAUUUUUCUGUCUGCACAGAAGGCCAAGUGCAAAGUCUCCAUUUUUCUUCAUUUCCACCACGACCGCCAGUUAUUCGACAAUAGGCCUAAACCAAGUUGAAAAUGUUUUAGAAGGAGAAGAGCGAGCCGAGGAGUCUGUAGAAGUUCUAAGGAAAUGGGGUUGCAGUGAAAAUGAUUUAUCAAAGAUAUUAACACGCCGCCCUUCUCUGCGCAAAUCUGAUCCUACCCACCUUCAAUCCAAACUAAGUUUACUUCAGGACUUGGGUAUCACCUCAGCAGACCUUGUUAAGAUCAUCAAUUGUCGCCCACGCUUCCUUAGUUGUCGUAUCAAUCGUUUCUUUGAAGAGCGUCUGGAGUAUUUUAUGACAUUAUUUGGUUCAAGGGAAGUGCUACUUAAGGCCAUUAUUAGGAAUCCUUCACUUUUGACAUAUGAUUUCCACAAUAGUAUUAAACCUGCAAUUGCACUGUAUGAAGGAAUAGGUGUUAGUAAAAAGGAUUUGAUUCCUAUGCUCUUGUCUAGGCCAACUUUGAUUCCAAGAACUACGUUUGAUGAUGAGAAGAUGGAGUGCAUACAGAAAGCUGGGAUUCCCAAGAACUCCAAGAUGUAUAAAUAUAUAGUUACCCUAGUUGGCGUAUCAAGGAUUGAGACCAUCCGUAAAAAGGUGGCAAACUUUGAGAAGUAUGGGCUUUCAGAUGAAGAGAUUUGGAGUCUUUUUGGGCGUUCUCCAUAUUUGUUGACACUAUCAGUUGAUAAGGUUCAAAGGAAUAUGACUUUCAUUAUGGGCACGAUGAAGCUCCCAGCAAAAAUGGUCAUUGAGUACCCAUAUUUACUGUUAUGUAAUUUGGAGAUUGUGUUGAAACCUAGGUGGUUUCUUGCAGGGAAGCUACAGGAUUUGAAUCUCUGUCCACAAAUCAAAGGGCCUUUGAUGCUAAGGGCACUGAGGAUGAAAGAAAGGCGAUUCUUGAAGGUAUUUGUUUGGUGCCACCCAAAGGAUGUUGCUGAAGAGUUAAUGGAGUUCUAUAAAAUGACAAAAGGUGUUAAGCGAUUGGCUGAAGCCUCAAAGAAAAGUUUGCAUCAAGGUUUUCCUUUCUGAUGACCGGUGCCUACCAGAUUGCAUUCUAGACUACCUGAUUGAUCUUGUCAAUGUUAGAUUUUCUCAUGUUUGCUUGAACCUGCAAGGUUUUGCACACAGCUGCACUGGAUUUUUUAUCAAUUCUGUUUUCUGAGGUUCAUAUUUGCAUUAUCUGCUCCUCUUUCACAUUCAUAUAUACACAAAAAUGUGCAUUUCUGCAA